GUUUAAUAUAAUUUUUUAUUUAUUUUUAUUAAUAAAAACAAUUUUGAAUAAGAUAAAAAUAGGUUAGGUUUAAAAGAAGAUGUAUGCAACUUGUUAAUAUUGUGAAUUCUAAAGUUUCAUACUGGAAAGUCAUGUGUGUAGAUAUUUAUAUCAUUAAGUGAUAAUUUUAUAAUGAAUCAUUUUUAUUAUUUAGUAAUAUAUAGAUAUAUGUAUAUUAUUAUAUAAAAUAUCAUGAAAAGAAUAAAACUAAAGUUAAAAAAUCCAAAUCCAUUAUUUGAAUGUUGGUUAGAAGAAUGGAGAAAAGAAGCUGCAUCCAGAAAUUCCGAUUUGCAAUAUCAUUUUUCGAAAGCACUCGCUGCAUUAAAAAAAUAUCCCCUACCAUUAAAGUCUGGAAAAGAUUGUAUAAUAUUGCAACAUUUUGGAAAAAAAUUAUGCUCGAUGUUAGAUAGAAAACUCGAAGAAUACAAAGCUCAGAAUUCAGAUUUAAUAAAUGCGAAUGAUUAUACUUGUGAAUAUUGUAGCCACAACGAACAAAAUGUAGUUAAAAGAAAAUGUAAAGUUCAAACAACUACAGAUGAAGAUUUUGUACAUCAACGAACAGAAUUAAUAACUUUUAAUAAUGUAAAUUUAUUGUCAUGGAAUAUAGAAAAUUAUGCUGUUUUAUUGAUUUUAUAUAAGAAAUAUCAAGAUUCUUGUUAUUCAGAAUAUGUUACGGAAGUAGAUUUAUUAUCUGAAAUAGAAGAAUUAUGUGGUUUUGCAACAAAGACGUCAAUUUUAGAUUUAUUUGAAAAAAAAUUAAUUUCCAUGAUAUCUAAUCAUGAACCAAUUAGGUAUAAUCUUACAGAAGAUGGUAUAAAUAUUUCAAGAAAGAUAUGUGAAGUUACAAGCAUUGAUGCGAAAUCAAUAAAUUCUUUUGAAAUAUUAAGUAAAAUUCAAACAUUUUUAGAGACAUUGAUCAUAGAAAACUUAGGACUUUCAACAAAUAAUUCGAACGAAAAUAUUAAAAGAGAAUAAUGUAUUAUUAUAAAAAAUCAUAGGGAAAAAUUUGAUAAGAAUUUUGAAGAGCAAAUAUCUAAAAAAAAUAAUGAUCUUAUAGAAAAUGUGCAAGAAAAAACAAAAAAUUUACAAGAUAAAAAUCAUGUGGAUAAUUUAGAAAAUAAAACAUAUUCUAUUGAUAAUUUUCAAAAAAAUAUUUAUUUAGAAUCAAGUAAAUUUGAUAUAAUAUUAUUAGUAGAUACACAAGAAACUUCUGGUGGUAAGACAAAACCUCAACAUGAUGCUACUAUAAAGGAACUAACACAACUUGAUGUAUUAUUUGAAAUACGUCAUUUAAAAGUUGGUGAUUUUGCAUGGAUUGCUAGAUGUAGAAGAAAAAAAAUUGAGUUAAUUUUACCUUAUAUAGUGGAAAGAAAACGGAUAGAUGAUUUGAAUGCAAGUAUUAUAGAUGGAAGAUUUCAUGAACAGAAAUACAGAUUAAAACAAUCUGGAAUUACAAAUCUCAUCUAUAUAAUAGAGGAUUAUGAGAAGAGUCAAAAAUUACCAAUAGCAUAUUCAUCUUUGAUGCAAGCUUCUAUUAAUACUCUGAUACAAGAUGAUUUUUCUUUAAAAUACACUAAAAGUCAUAAAGAUUCUAUGUUUUAUUUAUCAUCAUUAACUAGAAUUUUGAUUAAAACUUUUAAAGAUAAGAAUUUAGUAGGUUGCAAAAAAGAAAUUAUUAAAGAAACAAAUGUUAAAUUGCUUCCUUCAAAUAUUUCAAAUAAUACUUGUAAUCUCAUGGAAUUCGAGGAAUUUAAUAAAGCAGCAUCUAAACACAAGGUGUUUAAAGUAAAUGAAAUGUUUAUCCGUCAAUUAUUACAAUUAAAAGGAAUGUCUGUAGAUAAAGCUUUAGCAAUUGUAGAACAUUAUCCAACGCCGCGAUUGCUAAUUGAUGCUUUACAUACAUCUGACUGUGGAGAAUUGUUAUUAGCAAAUAUUCAAUUUGGUAAUAGAAAACGUCUUAUAGGAUCAGUAAUUAGUAAAACAAUUUAUCAAUUAUAUACAAAAAAACAUUUUAAUUAAUGAAUGAAAUUUUAUAUAAAUAGAAACAAUUAUUAAAUAUUUUUUGAUGUUA